AUGACCGAGCGCGGCGACCUCAGCCUCGAGCAGAUGGAGGCGGACAUCAAGAUGUGCGAGGAGCUCUUAGCGCAGGACAGCUUCGGUGUGAAAGACGCCCCCGCGCGCGCGUCCGCGGCGUCAGAGCUCGCGUCCGACGCCGCCGCGGCCGCGUCCGGCCGCCUCAGCGCGUCCCGCCGCAACGAGAUCAUGGACAAGAUCGAGAAGCACAAGCACAGGAAGGGAAACACCCCGGACGCGUACGCGAAGAGCUCGUACGAUCGCGCGCGGACGACGGCGGCGAAGGAUGGCGAUUCCAUGACCGCCGCGGAACGCCGCGAGCGCGUGCAGCAGCUCCUCCUCGAGCGUCAACAGCGGUUGAGCGCGUCCGCGCGGAAGUCCGCGCCGGCGGCGGGCGGGGACGGCGGGGACAGCCCGGAGACGCGCGGCGGCGGUACGAACCGGGUGAGCGCGUUUGGGUUGCCGUCGCACCCCGGGAACGGGUUCAAGACGCCGUCGAAUCAACGCGCGGCGCGGUCGACGACGCCUGGGACCACGAACACGGUCACUCGACGGUCGUACGCGGGGCAGAACGGGAGCGCGAUGCGGGCGAAUAAGACUUCGGCGUGGGGGCCGCGGCCGCAGUCCGCGCCGCGGCCGUCGUACGCCGCGAACGCGGACUGGAAGCCGUUCAACGUCGCGACGGAGCGAAAGGCGGGGCGGCACUCGAAGGAGGCGAUAGCCGCCAAGGUGGCCGCGGAGGAGAGGGAGAACAUGACGUUUAAACCGCGGACGAACAGCGCGCGGCGGUCGCGGCCGCCCACGCGGAUGCAGAACAUGUCCAGGCAGGAUCACAUCGAGCAGCUCUCGACGCCGCGACGCGCGCUGUGGGAGAGGUGCGAGCAGGCGAAGCUCGACGCGAGAGCCUCCGAGACGAGGGAGUGCACGUUUAAACCAAAGGUGAACCGCCCGAAGAAGAUGGCGGAGACCUACGGCCGCGGGCGCAGAGACGAGAUCACGACGCUGCCGUUCCCGGAUCGGCUGUACGACGCGGGGAAGGACAAGUACCGCGCGCGGGAGAACGCGAAGCGGCAGCUCGCGGAAGCCGAGGUGGCGUCGUUUCCGUUCCAACCCGCGAUCAACGACAACUCGCGAGCGGCGGUGGAGGAGCACGGGUACCGCCCGAUCCACGAGCGCGUCGGCGACUUGCUUCGAAAGCGGCAAGAGUCCAUGGCCGCGGCGAAGGUCCAAGUCGAGCUCGAGAACCCGGACUUGACGUUCGCGCCGAGGGUGAGCCAAGCGAGCCGCGCCAUCGCGCGCGGGCUCGAGGAGGAAGCCGGCGUCUCUCCGAGCGAUCGCGUCGACCUUCUCUCUAAAGGCGUGAGCGUGAAGUCCGUCCGGGGCGGGACGUACACGCGCCGAAAGAGCGUCGGAACGGAGGAGGACUACACGUUCAAGCCAAAGUUGAACGAGAACACGCGGCGGUUGAUCGACAUGAUGGCAGAGGAGGGCGUCCGCGGCGGCGCCGGGUCGUUCCUCGAGCGGCAACAAGAGGCGCUGGCCAAGGCGGAGAGAGAGAAGGAGCAACUGAGGUCGUUGCUCGACGAGGACUGCACGUUCCACCCGAACACCGGGAACGCGGACGAGGUCAUAAGCACGUCGAAGCACGCGGAACGCCUGGGUGAGACCGCUUCCGAGAGGAUCCUGCGGUUGUCGUACAUCGAGAAGCGAGAGAGGGACGCGGCGAGAGAACGCGCGCACGAGGAAAAUCUAAAGAAGAUCGCUCCGUUCAAGCCGCGGCUUUCCAAGUCCGCGAAGACGAAGCGCGCGACGCCGCUCCACGAGCUCGUUGAGAACCGCAAGAGCGAGAAGCGCGCGGCCCUCGAGCAAGCCGCGGCGGAGCAGUGGGAGACCGAGCACACGUUCGAGCCGAACAAAGGUCGGAAGCACUCGGACGCGGCGCCGCGGCCGUUUCAGGUGGAUUACAACCAAGGCGGCGGGAUCACCGCGCGGAUUCGCGAGUACCGCCGCGAGAAGGAGAUUUGCCUGCAAGAAGCCCGGAACGAGAAGGAGUUCAAAGAGCUCGAGGCGUGCACGUUCCAGCCGAACGUCGGACGAAAGCCGACGAAAGGAUUCGCGGGGACGAAGUCUGUCGUCGAGGCGGUGCCGGGGUUGGGUCGGCACCUGGAGCUCAGACGCCGAGCGAAGCAGAUGGAGGACGACGCGAAAGCGCGCCAGGCGAAGGUGUUCAUGGAGGACGCCGCCACGAAGAAGAUGCCCGCGCACAAGCAGACGGUCCCGCGGCCGUAUAACAUCUCCGGGUACGGCGAGCAAGCGAUGAAGGCGGAGCUGAGGCGGCAGCGUUUGAUGCAAGAAAAGGAGGAGAAGGAGAAGCGCGAGUGCACGUUUCGUCCAAAGACGAACGAGCGCCCGAGGAAGGAGCUCAUCGAGAAGCUCCUCGCGGACGACGACGACUUCGAGUAUUAAUUAAGUCGCGACGUGCGCGCUAUCUAGAGUGUUGUUACAUACAUAACGGUGCUACCUUAAGAAGUCUGGGGUUCACGACGCGCGACGACGGAUCCGACUGACCUACUCGAGUAUCGUGAACCCCAUGAAGCGCGAAUUUUCUUCGCCGUUCGCGCGGUAGUCCUCUGUCUGCGCGUGGUCGAAACUCCGUAUCCAAAUCUGCACCGGGUCUAACAGCUUCACGCUGUCCGGCUGCUCCGUGUUCUGCACGCGCAUGAACCUCACCUGCGCCUGCGCGCGUUUCAAAGUCUCCCACGGCUGCGUCCGCGUCCCCGGCCACGCGUCGCUCCCGUUGUACGGGUUGACGUAAAACUGAUGCGUGUCCCUGUUGAUGAACACCCCCGCGGUGCCGCUGUCCAGCGCUUCCACUCUCGCCUCGAACUUGGCGCGGACGCACUCCACCGGACACGGCGGCUGGCAGUCGUCCACGCACGAGAUGGUGCACAGCGGCGGGAGCCCGUCCGGGAACGCGCCGACGAGUCCGUCCGGCGUGUCGAACGGCUCUUGCCCCUCGAACGGCACCGCGGUGUAGUACUUCACGUCGUUGUCCACGCUCGCGGGGUCGCAGAACCACCCGUACGGGCCCACGGAGCACUCGCGGCCGUCCGUCGUCGUCGACGUCGUGAUCGACAGCGGGUUAUCGUCCGCCUGCGCGUCCGCGAGGACGACGCCG